CGGAACGGAUUCUGAACAAGGUCCAGACCAUGGCCGGAUGUACAGCGCCAAAGCCAGUACCAUGAAGGUCCCACUGCAUCAGAAACGAGCCGGCACCAUGCAGAACCAAUCGUGGAGCUCAAUGUCUGGACACUCAACUCAGACCCAAACUGAGAGCAAGACACAGACCUCAAAUAAGUCCCGGACGGAAGUCAGUCAAUCUAACGUCCACUCAGAGACCAAAUACAGAACCCAAACUCAUGCCGAGACCAAAGUUCAGAGACAGACCACAACACAAACUAGGCAACAAUCGCAGAUACAAACUAAAAACCAAAUGUGGAGCCAGACCCAGUACCAAAGCCAGAACCAGACCAGGACUUACAGCCAGGAUCGGACCCAAACCACAAGCCAGGAGGACCAAAGAGCCCAGGAGGAGAAAACGAUAAAGAGAGCAGAGAGCCUGACAAACGAUUUCCGGGAGACGGCGGUUGCUCCCUGUGAGCCUCUGCUGUUCGGUCACAUGUUUGUCAGAGAGCAGCUGACGCCGGAUUGUCACCAUCAGACCAACGGAUUCACCCUCUCCAGGCCCAGGGACUUCAUCUCUGCCGUGACCAAAGAACGAGACUCCCAGAGCUCCACCGCACCUGGGGAUCCUCCACUCGCCUCGCUCGGAGACGCGUCAGCCGUUCGGGUCGAGGCGAGCAGCUACGACCCCCGACGCCCCUCCGCCGACCCGUCGCAGACUUCAUCCAGACGUCAGAGCUCCGGUUUGUGCUGCUCUUCCAGUUACAGCCGCUCGACGCCAAUCGUGAACGGGGAGGUUUAUUCGAGUCCUGAAGAGGCCGAGAAAAGAGAGAGGUCGGAGCUGGGUGGCAGACGCCCUGUUUACUCAGUCAGAGAGGACUCGACAUGUGUAAACAUCACUAACCAGCCAGCAAACUCUGAGCCAAACAUCUCUGCUCCCAGCAUACCACAGUGGGACAUGUCCAAAGAUGGACAUGUGCAGGACAAACAGGAUUUGCCCGCUGCCCAAGAUAAACAUGCACCAGAAUGUGGCAUUUUAAGCACAGAUGUGACGAGCGCUCCUGCAGGGCCUGGAUACCUGAUCCGCACAGGAGUCACGGAUGGAGAGGCAUCCCCGGGAGAGCUGGUCCUGAUUAUAGCAUCCGCACACGCUCAGGCCCCGACAGAGCACCACAGAUCCACGGGGCCGGACCUCAGAGAGCAGGCCCAGAGGGAAACGCCUCACCUGGUGGAGGGAGGCGCCACCACCGGGGGGGUCUCUGUGGCGUCAAAGAAAGAUGAAAGCGAGCAGACGACAUUCAGCGAUUCACCUCAAACCCAGAUGAUUCUACAAGGUUCAGCAGUGGUUUUUACAGAAGACACAUCUCAUUGCAGGUCCCCCGGAGACCUGCUCACUCCACUGCACCCCUCACAGGUCUCCAGUCGUACAGAAACCCCAGAGGAUCACCAAGCACCGAGUCCGUGGUCAUCGCUUCAAACUUCAGAGUCAAAUCUGGCCCGACCACGUCCUGCGUCAGUGCAGUCUGUAGACUGUCUGCCGACGUUCACCAGCCAGAGGCCGCAGCACCUUCCGUCUGCUAUCAGCAAACAGGCUCCGCCUAACUCCAGGUCCAGGGAACCAGACCAGCAGGACUCACGAUGCCCCAACAGUCCACCAUUUUCCAGCCUCCCUCCAGGCAGCCGCCCAUCUUCCAGACCCUCCAGCCUGAUGGAGAGAACAAACCCAGCCUUUGGCACCGCCGGCGAGGACGCAGAGCUCCCCACGGCCCCUUCGGCCUUCAGACCCAGCCUCAGGCACCGCUCCCCUUCCCCUGUCAAAGCUCUCCCUUCCUCCUCGGUCCGAGCGCCUCCCUGCUCCUCACCGUUCAGGGUCGUUCCAGCAUCUUCUCCCACCACUGUAUCUGCGGAGGAUACCUCCCUGAACACUGUGUCCAGGGCUCCUCCUUGUUUUUCUUCCACUCCUUCCUCUGUGAGGGGUACCUCAGUGCAAGCUCCUCCUGCUUUUUCUUCUUCACCUUUCCCUGCUUUCACUCCGUCCUCCUCCUCCUCUGGGAGGUCUUCAUCCAUAAGAGCAGGUCCUCCUUCCUCCCCUACGCUGCCUUCCUCUGUCCGCUCUCCCCCGUGCUCCUCCCCCAUCGCUUCCUCCUCUGCUUUCACCAGAUCUUUAGCUGCCUCCUGUAUUAGCCAGUCCAUCAGUCAGAGUAUGGCGAAAAAGAACAACGCCCUGCAACAACCCGUAAACGCAGUGAACCAAAGCCCCUCCUCCACACCUUCUUUACCCUCCUCUCAUCUACGACAGCGCUCCCCUUCACCUAAACUCCCUCCCAGUCAGCAGGGCUCCGGCACGCCUGCGUAUGCUCAGCUAGGAUGCGCUAAAGACGGGUACCAGCAUCCAAGGGGUCCGUCGUCCUCCCCGUGGUCCUCUUGCCCUUCGCCGUCUCUCAUGCAGUCUCCAACUCUUUCCCAGCGCUCCCCUUCCCCAUCUAUGAUUCUGCCGCAUUCCUCCCCUUCCCCUCGUCCCUCGUUCCUUCACUCCAAAUCUGACUCAUCACAGAAUGCAAACAACAACAACAACAAUAAUAACACCAUGCAUAAUCACGCCAUCAGUAAUGGCUGUUGGUCAGUUGGUCCACAGAACGCGCCACUUGCUAAUGGUAACGCCACAGUAAUGCAACAAACCCACGAUCCUCUCUGGACGGGGUCGCACAACCGUGUAGCUCGGCCUUUUUCUGCAUCCGAGCCAAGCUCACGAGUUCAGUCGCCGUCUCCCUCUCCAACUCCCACUUCGUUUACUCGCCUCUGCUCCCCACCUCCUCAACAUAAUUACUCCUCACCCAUGGCGAACAAACCACCCCAUCCUCGGAGCACUCGGGUUGGAGGUGCGAGCUCCCAUAACCCACUAGGUCUCACUCUGGAGCUACCUAAGACCUCUUCUGUGCAGUCUUACUUAAGCCCUCAGAUCCUCUCCCCGCCUCCUAUUGGCGUGUCUGUGAACGUUUGGACGAAUAACGUUGCGGCGCCUCAACCUAGAAACCCGAGACAAGCUUCUUCCUCUGCUUCUCCUUCCUUUUCUUCCUCAACUGGCUCACCAACAUUGGAGAACGCCACUUCCUCUUCUUUUUUGCGGAGUUCCAGGGCGUCCUCUCCUUCUGCAUCCUCCCAAGCUACCCUCCGCAGGUCUUUCUCCUCCAACCUGGCAGACAGACCCCCUAGUCCUGUCCGAACCCCUAGCGGGCUGCGCCGCUCUUGGGUUGAAAGCAACCGCAGGUCUCUUGGUUUUAGUGGUCGAGCGUCUUUUGACCAGCAGGAGUCGUGUCCAACCAGUCCGAGGAGUGGGUGGUCCUCGUACUGCAGCUCGCCGUCCUGCCUCAGCCCUCGCGCUGGAAUUCAAUCCCCACUGUCACCCAGCAGGCUUACCCCAGGGAAGGGCAGCGCUGGUGGGCAACAUUUCACCAGCGUCCCCUGGCCAGAUGUGCGAGAGCUUUCAAACAAAUACAACGGAACUGACAGCCUUGAUGCAAGUACUGCUUCUACGAUCAUCACCUCCUCUCCUUCUCCUCUGUCCUCGCUGUCCCACACGCUCCUCUCCUCUCCUGUUUCAUCACACGGCCAGACAGAGUGGGGAGACCUGGAGUUAGAGGAGGGUAACUGUCGCAGCCAGCUGAUCUGCGCCUACGUUGCCCGGCCCUCAUGUGAACAAAACCUCUCGUCUUCAUGCAUGGUUCUCUCCUCCUCGGGCGUCGCCUCCCCUCCACCUGCCCCCUUCCAAAACCACAACUACCAAUCCACACCACCUCCUGUACCCACAGUCCCUUCUCCAUUGCCUUCAUCAUCACCGCUACCUUUUGCCCUUUCAUCUCCGACCAAACAAGGCAACCAGAAGACCAGUUACGCCACCACGGUCAACCUCCAGAUCGCUGGAAGUGGCCGCAUUACUUCCUUCAGCACCGCCCAAGUCAGCCUGACUCAAACCCUGCAGGGUGGAUCCGGAGGACCAGGACAGGGACAAAUGACGAGAAGAGUAAGCAUCAACGGACUUUCACACCUUCCUCCCCCUCUUUCUCAGAACUGUCACAGACUGUGAACUAAAAAAGGCACCUUUCUUUCUUUGGAUUACAAGACAAGAAGGGCCCAAAAAAGGCAGGUAAAGGAAAGAACAAGACAUCAGUGAGGUGCACUUGUGCAUUUAUCCAAAUUAAGCACCAGAACUUGUGGCUUCAAUAGUCUAGUCAGCGGCCAGACCUCCAGAGCUUUUCCCCGGUUUAUCGUGAACCUUUUUUAACUCCAUGAGUCCGCCACGCUGAAAAUAGCAGAUAGCAAAGGAUUGGGUACUUCAGUUUAGGGAUGAGUUCACCUCUGAGGGAAAUAAUGAAUGUUUUCAUCCAUAUUCCACACUGAUCCUCUCCGUGUGGUGGGAUCAGAUGUAACGCGGACUAUGCUUCAAAUCUUCCGAACAGAUGACCUUCCACGAGUGGAAAUCCUACCUGCACGCAUUUUUCAACCCGGGCCUAUGACUUUGAAUGGAUGCUAACACGAUUGCUUUUUGUAAAAAAAAAAAAAAAAAAAAAAAAAGUUAAGAAAUAUAUGUUGCCGUCGAUGAAAAUGAAUCACUUCACUGUGAUCGUGCUGGAUGAGCACUCAAAUCGCUGAAUGUCCACCGCUGGAUGUGAUGUAGUAAAAAAAUUGGAUUACACGCCUGGUUUCGCAGCGUCGAGCAGUCAGACGUCGGUUUCUUGUUCAGUUCUCCCGUCUGAACAGCUCUGGACUCUUACUGUGGAUGUGACGACGUCUCGGAGGAACAACUCAUUUUACACUCGUAGGAAUAGAUGCCGAAAUUAGUAACUUUAAGCAUUUUUGCUAAACCUGCAAUAACAGACGAUUGAAGGUCAAGUGUCCAACCAGUGCUGUAUGCAAUCACAGUUACUUAAUGUAUUUUUUAAUUCUUCUUCUUUUCUAUUGUUGAUCAAACAUCAUUUAAGGCUAUUUGGGGCCAGUUUUUAAGGUUGGUGGUAACUGUGGAUAUUAAUAAUCUAUCUUUUAACCAUUAUUAUUCUUUUUUUAUUUUAUUUUAUUGUUUAUUUAUGAAGUUAGUCUUAUUCUCUUUGGCACUUAUUAUCCUUAAAGUAAUGAUGGUAUUUUGCACAGUGUCCUCAGCUCUUGGGUGCGUGAACCAAAUGUGUGUGAGAGAGAGUGUGUGAGUGUGUGUGUUUGUGUCUGAAAAUGACGCGUCUGGUAAGUUCUCCUUUAACUUCAGACCAGGCCAAUAUCUGUGUUUUUAAUGCUGUCUGUUCCCGUUUUGAUGUAUUCAGCUGGUUUAUCGACUGUACGCUCUCUCCUGUCGUUGCUGCCCUUCAGAAACCUUGAGCUCCAAAAGAAAAUUAGGUGAAAAAUGCUGCCUGAUGAAAUAUUAUUAACCCUUUGAAACCUGGAUGCACAUCAGUCAUCUUGUGUUCAAACCACACAAACUGUUUGAGCCUUUGAAACUUAAGUGUAUUGAUUUGAUGUCUUGAAGGGGUGACAAGAAAAUGACCUACGCAUUUUAAAAAAGAGGGGAGGAUUCUCAGAAAAUUAUCCCAAAAAAUAGGGAAA